AUGAGAGACGAGAGGUUGGGAUAUGGCUAUGUGCUGAAGAGUGGCUGCAGCAAAGGGGUGAGAUUCAUCGAUAACGCGGAUUCGGAUGGCUCGAGGGCUGUACCGGCGUUGGUAUUGGACUCGAGAAAGGCAGUGUUCUACGAUUGUAUACCUCUAAUGGAGUUGGUUGAAGAGCUGUGGAAUGGUGGCACGGAACCUAUUGAGCUGUUGAGGAGUGCAAGGAGAUUCGAUGACUUUCAGCAGUAUAUCAGUAGACAUCUUAAAGAUGUGAAAGUGAAAUGUAAUACACAAAUCAAUAAGAUUUUGUGUAUUUCGCAGCUCUCCACGCGUCCGGUUGGGCAACUUAGGUAUUUUUUUGUAUUAUUUAUAUUUAUUGUUUAUUAA